GGUCGCGGCGACUGAGAGCCCCCACCCCCUCGUCUCUCUCCCUGUCUCUCCCUCUCUCUCCCCCGCGGCUCCUCCUGCGCCCGCCCCGGCACCGAUUGUUGACAAAAGACGCUGCUAGACGGAGCGAAGAAGUCCAGACCCCGGUACCGGUGUGGCCGAGGUGAUUCGGUUGUCGGUGGUGGUCGGACCGCAGCGGGCCGGCGUGAAGUGGACGCCACCCCCCACCCCUACCCCAGCCCCAUCCUCCUCCCCUAUCCUCUCUCCUUCUUGAAAACCACCCGCGACUGGUAUUUACCGACAAAACCAGCGGCCAAGAUGGGUCAUUCACUGUGAGUGGAAGUGCCACACCAGCGUUGCAGGAGGAGGCGGCGGAGGGCCUUGGUCAGGUCUAUUCAGCCGGGAAUGGUGUGAGCUGAGACGGCCAGGCAGUCUGGAUCUGACCGGGGACCCGUCAUUCCCCCGGAGCCUCCGCGGCUCCAAGCCGCGUCCUGAGCCCUCCAAGAUGGGGAAGUGCGACGGCAGAUGCACGCUGCUGGUGAUAUGUUCACUGCAGCUGGUGGCAGCCCUCCAGAGGCAGGUGUUUGAUUUCCUGGGUUACCAGUGGGCUCCCAUCCUGGCCAACUUCCUGCAUAUUAUGGCCGUCAUCCUGGGCAUGUUCGGCACCGUGCAGUUUCGCUUCAGAUACCUCAUCUUUUAUGCAGUGUGGCUGGUCCUUUGGGUGGGCUGGAACUCCUUCAUCAUCUGCUUCUACCUGGAGGUUGGAAACCUGUCUCAAGACAGGGACUUUCUCAUGACGUUCAACACAUCCCUCCAUCGUUCGUGGUGGAUGGAGCAUGGUCCUGGUUGCCUGGUAACGGCAGUGCCAGACUCUCGCAUGGCUCCUGAUGACCACCAUGUCAUCACUGUCUCCGGGUGUCUCCUUGACUACCAGUACAUCGAGGUGUUGAGUUCAGCCAUUCAGAUCCUGUUGGCUCUCUUUGGCUUUGUAUACGCCUGCUACGUGAGCAAAGUCUUCCAGGAUGACGAGGACAGCUUUGAUUUCAUUGGUGGCUUUGACUCUUACGGCUACCAGCCUCCUCAGAAGUCCUCUCAUCUGCAACUGCAGCCUCUUUACACGGCUGGUUAAUUGUUGGUAGCGCCCCCUUCAGGCCAAACCCUGACGGCGUCACUGUGGAUGGAAAGCAGCGGUCGCUCCGAUUACACUCAACUCUGUGUGUCACAGUUUACCCGAGGAAUGGACUUAACCCCACCCAGAGGGAGAGACGUCUGUGCGUGUGUGCAUGUGUGCUUGUGUCUGAGAACCAGAAAUACAGCCCUGAUUAGAAUGUACAGAGCUCAGGGAAGAACCAGCAUGCCAGGGGGUGUGAUAGGAUGAGGGACGAGCAGGAGACAGAGGAGGGGAGAUACAGAGAACAAGAAAUAGAGACACCUCUGUCAAAUCACCGAGGACACACUUCACUAAACUGCCAGCUCUCAACACUCCCACGUGUGUGUGUGUAAUGUGUGUGUGAGACUGUGUAACUCCACAGGACUAGCUGGUGCUUUGUGGUUGCACCCUGGACUCUUACCACUCAGUGCCGUUGUGAAUUUUGUUGUUUGGGGUGCUCGAGUGUGUGUGUGUGUGUGUGAGUGAGUGGGGGUGGGGAUGUGGGUGGGGUCACAUAAUAAAAAGAGGCACGGCUCGUACCUGUUGUCGUUUUAGAAUGUGGUGAUGUCAAACUAGAGCAGUCUUAUGGUUCCCGUUCCCAAAGCCAUCUUUCCCUCCUUCCUGUGCCGUUACAAUCACUGUUGACAUUCAAGACGUUACAGCCCAGGCAGAGCAGGUGGAAUGGAAAGGGUGAAUUGUUAAAAGGAUCAGCCUGGCAAUAUUUUAUGUAUUUUUUAUUAUUAUUUAAAAAAAUCCCAUGAAAACGACCAAAACGAGUAAUGUCUUUGUGUGCAAAUCUUUGGAAAAAAAAAAAAAGACUUGCAUCUCCAACUUUAAUUUUUAAAAAAGGCUAAAUAAUCUCCUAAAACAUCUGGGCACUGUAGUUUUAAGCAGCGCCACUCAAACAGCAGUAAAUAGUGCAUUUGUUGGGGACUGUUUUUAGCUGCGGAUUCUGUCCUCUAGCGAGUACUUAGAACAGCAGAACAGUGCAUGUGGAUCUUCUCAAAAUAAACUACAGUGCCCAACUCUCACUCAUGUGUUUUUAAUAGUGUCGGACAACGGAGGUAAAAGCUAUGUCAGGCUUUGGCUAUACAGACUUCUCUCAUUUGUGGGAUCAGUUCAUUGCUGAUUUCGGUCUUUUCAUCAGAUUUUAAGAAAAAUUCGUCAAAAAUAUCGCCAGACACAUCCUUUACAUUUCUGGGAUACAACAAAAAUUUAGUCAAAUGUCCAGUGCUAGGAUAUUUAGUUUUCAGGAAAAUAAAUUCAGCCUACUGUACAUGUGACACUGUCAAUUAGGGAUACAGAUGGCUUUGGGAUCAGGCAUUAGUGUGUCUAUGGGGAGGGGGGGAGCAGUGGGGAUACUGUGCAUGUAAAUAACCAGCCAAUGAUUGUUUUGUUGGUUUCAUUUAGAAAAGGGGGGUUGCAUUAGGGGGUGGGUGGGAUUGGGGGAGAGGGGUACACAUCAAAGUUUUCUUCAUACCUGUUUCUCUUGUUCUCUCUUUUUGGGUAUCCUCAUGCUGCCCUCUUUUAACCCGUCUUCAGCUAAUUCUGCCCAUCAUGUUGCUGACUAAAUACAUAAUCCCCUGUAGCUCAUUGACUGAUCUCCACUGGGGCAUGGUGAUAAAGGAGAGGAAAAUAUGUCAUGAACAUUCAUGGUUACAUGCUCUGAGACAGGAAGAGGGAAGGAGGGGGACAGGUAUGAGGCGAAGACCUUAUAGGGUGUAAGGUGAAGUUUGAAAUAAUAAAAAUACACUUUCUACAUUAAAUAUGACUUCUGUUGUCAUCUGUAGACACACAUCUGUCUCAUAGAGAGUGACUUCAUGUUUAAUAAACUGAAUGCUUUCA